AUGUUGGCCUUCAAGUCCCUCGCACUUCUGUUUGCGCUACCAUGCGUUGUACUGGGUGGGAAGAACCGGCAGGGAUCCCAGAACUUCACGCUGUUUGGAUACAGUCAUCAAUUUGGUGGAAAUCCUUUGGUCUUCAUGGACGGGUAUGCAUAUCUUGCAGAUGUAGAUGAGCUUAACGUUACCAGUCCUGCAAUUGUGCGAUUUACAUCUGAUUCCAAAAAUGAAUGGUUCGCUUCACCAAACGCAACUACAUCAGGGGAGUCAUCAUGGUUGAACACAACAUUUUCUGUUCCAACAGCUCAAACCUCCGACCGCCGUGUAGGCUUCAUCAAUGGCAACUUAACCUCUGGGAACAGGAUCACCACUGGUUUUCGGCUCUUUGGGUCAUUGGCGACACUUGUUACAUCUGAAGGGGAGCUAGAGUCUUUGUGGACUGGGCUUGACGUUGGACAGAAUCUAUACGCUUUAUACUGGAACGAUACGAGCUUGGGUCAAAUUCCGAUUACUUUGACUGCUGUUGCUCCUUCUGAUUUAUCGGAUUAG